AUGGCUCUCAGGCAUUUGCUAACCUCAUUUGUUCUGGCAUGUUUGCUUGCAUUCACUCUUCAAAUAUACUUCUCGUCCCCAAUAUCCCCAGUCUCACUUCACCUGCCUCCACCAUCUUCUGCUUCCCAUCUUCCUAAAAACAACAUAUUGCAGAAAGUGAUCAAACUUGGGGAUGGGGUACUUCUGAAACCAGAAGAUGUUGAUGUGGACAAAGAAGGGACAAUAUAUACAGCUACAAGAGAUGGUUGGAUCAAAAGGCUUCACAAAAAUGGUAACUGGGAGAACUGGAAAAGGGUGAACAGUGAUACAGUACUUGGGAUCACAAUCACCAAGGAAGGUGAUGUUGUUGCAUGUGAUACUGAAGAGGGUUUGCUUAAAAUUACUGAAAAUGGUGUCAAGCUUCUCACUUCACAUGUUAAUGGGUCCAAAAUAAGAUUUGCAGAUGAUGUGAUUGAGGCAUCAGAUGGCAGUCUAUAUUUUAGUGUUGCAAGCACCAAAUUUGGACUCCAUGAUUGGUAUCUAGAUGUGCUAGAGGCAAAACCACAUGGGCAGCUGCUCAAGUACGAUCCAUCAUCAGGGGAGACUUCAAUCCUACUUGAUAAUUUGGGUUUUGCUAAUGGAGUUGCAGUGUCCAAAGACCAAGAUUAUCUGGUGGUCUGUGAAACAUGGAAAUUUAGGUGCCAAAGGCAUUGGCUGAAGGGAGAGAACAAAGGGAAGACAGAGAUCUUCAUUGAGAACCUUCCUGGUGGACCUGACAACAUCAAUCUUGCCCCAGAUGGAUCUUUCUGGAUCGCUCUACUUCAGUUGACUACAGAGGGGCUGGAGUUUGUCCACACCUCCAAAGCAGCCAAACACUUGAUAGCAUCAUCUCGGAAAUUGACUGAACUAGUCAGUGGCUUGCGCACAAAAGCCAUGGCGGUGAAUGUGGCAGCUGAUGGUAAGAUUGUGAAGAAGCUUGAGGAUCCAGAUGGAAGCGUGAUGUCGUUUGUGACAAAUGCUUUGGAAUUUGAGGAUCAUCUUUACUUGGGAAGCCUGCACACCAAUUUCAUUGGCAAGUUGCCACUCAAAGAUGCAUAA